AACAAUCGGAACAACUGAGCACUCGGUAAUUGGACACUAGGAUCAAGGAAUCCCGUCUUUUUGAACCUUUUCUCAGCUAUUUGCUCAGUGAGAGGUGAGCGUUUGUUUCCCUCGUAUCGACCGGAUAACUUCGCCUGCUGCGUGGCACCCCACCGGUCUGCUUUUUGAUUCUAAAUCAGCGCGUAUGAGGCUGUGAGAGGAGCUUGUGAGAAAUAAGGAGAGAAAUGCAGGGAUUCGUCAGGUUACAGUUGCACCGCUGAGCUGCCCCUGCGCUACGACGCUUUCCUCCGCGGUUUUUGCCUCUCUUCACACGGGACCAUGGAGUGAUAAACACGGGGAAUAAGGCGAGUACAACCUCAAGCGUCUGGAUCCGACGCGGCAGCCACACCGACUGGGUUUUUAACACUCACUGGUCAAUGUGUAACCGAGUUUAACAUCCAAACCGGGGUAUACCUUUCCUUUCCGUCUGGGAGAGCCUCGGGGACCCCUGCCGCUGUUCAGCCGGGGGGAGCGAGUUCCCAGACGGCUGUCGGACAGUUUUUCCAUUUGAAUAGCACCACACAGACAGCCUGAAUGAGGGCGAGAAGAAGCGCAGGGGAAGCAGCACUCUGCAUGUGAUUGUGUCCGAGAGGGUCCGGGCAGCACUGGGCUCUUACGGUGCACCUAAGCCCCGCUGUAGGCGCUGUGCGAUAUGGUGAAACUCUACAGAAGAGGGAGAACGGGAAAAUACUUUUAAAAUCGCCCACAUGCACUGGAUCAAUUGCUGGAUUUGGGAACCGAAUACGCAGAAGGGGGGUUGGGGAUCCGUGGAGGCUGCCGGAGGAUGGAGCGGUGUAGCCGGGGUUGGUGAGAGCCUAACUUCGGGCUACUUUACAUUUCUUAUUCCUAAACAACUCGCCUCUGUUCCCAGGACACAUGCAGGCCAAAAAACGCUACCUGAUCCUGCUCUCCGCCGGUGCAUGUCUAGUGCUUCUCUUCUACCUCGCAGGGGUUCAGCUUCCAGCGGCGAGCAGGAGCCGGCAUGACCGCAGCCGGAACGGGUACCGGCCGGAGCAGCCCUGGCCUCACUUCUCGGACCCUUUACACCUUUUCCAGCCCUGGGAUCAGACGGACACCGAGGAGUAUAACCUGCACAUAUCUCCGAGGCAGAAGAGGGACGUCAACACGAGUGUUUACAAAGGCAAACGGUGCCGCAUGGACUCCUGCUUUGAUUUCUCCCUGUGUCAGAAGAACGGAUUCAAAGUUUAUGUUUACCCGCAGCAGAAGGGGGAGAAGAUUUCAGAGAGUUAUCAGAACAUUCUAUCCACCAUUGAGGGGUCCAGGUUUUACACCUCAGACCCCGGACAGGCUUGUCUGUUCGUCCUGAGUCUGGACACUCUGGACCGGGACCAGCUGUCCCCGCAAUACGUCCACAACCUGAAAACCAAGGUCCAAAACCUGCCUCUGUGGAACGACGGCAGGAACCACCUCAUAUUUAACUUGUACUCGGGGACGUGGCCGGACUACACGGAAGACCUGGGCUUCGACAUCGGCCAGGCUAUGCUGGCCAAAGCCAGCAUCAGCACCGAGAACUUCAGGCCCAACUUCGACGUCUCCAUCCCCCUCUUCUCCAAGGAGCAUCCGAGGACCGGAGGAGACAGGGGGUACCUCAAGUAUAACUCCAUCCCGCCUUUUAGAAAAUACAUGCUGGUGUUCAAGGGGAAGCGCUACCUGACAGGUAUCGGCUCGGACACCAGGAAUGCCUUACAUCACGUCCACAACGCGGAGGAUGUGGUGCUGCUCACCACCUGCAAGCAUGGGAAAGACUGGCAGAAGCACAAGGACGCUCGGUGUGACAAAGACAACGCGGAGUAUGACAAGUAUGACUACAAGGAGAUGCUCCACAACUCCACCUUCUGUUUGGUGCCCCGCGGCAGACGACUCGGCUCCUUUCGCUUCCUCGAGGCUCUGCAGGCCGCGUGUGUGCCAGUGAUGCUGAGUAACGGUUGGGAGCUGCCUUUCUCCGAGAUCAUCGACUGGAACACAGCCGCAGUCAUCGGCGACGAGAGGCUCCUGCUGCAGAUCCCCACCACCGUGCGCUCCAUCCACCAGGAUAAAAUCCUGUCCCUCAGACAGCAGACUCAGUUCCUCUGGGAGGCCUACUUCUCCUCUGUGGAAAAGAUCGUGCUGACCACACUAGAGAUCAUCCAGGACCGGGUGUUGGAGCAUGGCUCCAGGAGCAGCCUGAUGUGGAACAGUCACCCUGGGGGACUCUUCACUCUGCCGCAGUACUCUGGAUACCUUGGAGACUUCCCCUUCUACUACGCCACGCUGGGUAUUAAACCGUACUCAAAGUUCACAGCCGUCAUCCACGCCGUCUCCCCUCUCGUGUCCCAAUCCCAACCCAUCCUCAAGCUGCUGGUAGCUGUGGCAAAGUCUCAGUACUGUGCACAGAUCAUCGUCCUGUGGAACUGUGACAAACCUCUCCCCGCCAAACACCGCUGGCCUGCUACCUCAGUGCCCGUCAUCGUCAUUGAGGGAGAGAAUAAGGUGAUGAGCAGCCGUUUCUUGCCCUAUGAGACCAUAGUGACCGAUGCCGUCCUCAGCCUGGAUGAAGACACAGUACUGUCCACCACAGAGGUGGACUUUGCCUUCACCGUCUGGCAGAGUUUUCCCGAGCGGAUCGUCGGUUAUCCUGCUCGCAGCCACUUCUGGGACAGCAACAAGGAGCGCUGGGGCUACACCUCCAAAUGGACCAACGAUUACUCGAUGGUGCUCACCGGGGCCGCCAUCUACCACAGGUACUACCAUUACCUAUACACAAACUACUUACCCAUGAGUCUGAAGAGCAUGGUGGACCAGCUGGCCAACUGUGAGGACAUCCUGAUGAACUUCCUGGUCUCUGCCGUCACCAAGCUGCCGCCCAUCAAGGUCACACAGAAGAAACAGUACAAGGAGACCAUGAUGGGACAGUCUUCGAGGGCUUCUCGCUGGGCUGAUCCGGACCACUUUGCCCAGAGACAAACCUGCAUGAACAAGUUCGCCAGCUGGUUUGGCGCCAUGCCGCUGGUCCACUCCCAGAUGAGACUGGACCCGGUCCUGUUCAAAGACCAGGUCUCCAUCCUCCGCAAGAAAUACAGGGACAUCGAGAGGCUCUGACAGGACCGGCGCCCCCUCGGGGGGGGAGACCCCACGCAGGGGGAGGCGCGAGAGAGAGACUCAGUGGAGAGUAGACGGAGUAGUAAGACUGCAGCAGGAUGGACGGGGAGCGACAUGGCUCUGUCUUCCACUCAGCACAUUGCCAAUGACCACAGCGCGGGAAUCGGAUGAAUAGGAAACAAGCAGAUGGCGUUUGGAUACGAAAAAACACAAACAAAAAGUGCAAACACAGACAGACAAAGAGGAGUACACAAACUGAUGGACAUGCCAAACAGUGCUGUGUGUUUUGCAAAUGUGCAAACACGCAGCGCUCACUACUGACGACGUGAACUCUGCGAUAGAAUAUUUUUUUGUACAACGUGAAUACAGACGACAUUGAAUUUUCCUGCUCUCUCAGCACAUGUGCAGGAUGGUAGAAGAGGGAAGGUGAUUGCAAACCUGGCAACCCCACCCACCAUGAAUCCUACUUCAGCAAACCCCCUCCCUUCAUUCUGUAUCAGGACGUCAUUCUGGACUCAAAGCUCAGCUUCAUAGGCCUGCUCUUCGGUUGAUUUGAUUUCUGUACAAAUCAGCUGUUUGGUAUCACUGUUGACUCGAUCUCCUCUGUGAGAGGUUUGAAAUCAGAGCGUCAUCAGUUUAAAAUUUUCACUCCUCAAACGUAGAAAGUGUAAACAGCAGAGUCCAUCCUGUUAUCACGGAGCCCUGACAGGGUUUAGAUAGCAAAGCAGACAUUAUUUCCUGAGAUUUUAGUCAUCCUAGAGCCUGAAAACAUCCCGUCUGUCCUAUCCUCGCCUCAUUCCUUCAUAUUGCUUUUAUAACGGUCUAUCUGCUUUCCUCUUAUCACCAAGAUAAGUAAGAAAAACAUCGUUUCAUAUCCCAUUUUCCCUCUCAUACUCGCUCUGGUUCUUGUACUUUUCCUCAUCUGUUUUUUUUCCACUUACUUUCAUCAUCUUUUAUUUUCCCCUUUCCAACUCUCCGUACUUCCACUCUCCUGUGUGUGCGUGUGUUAGUGUGCAUGCGUGUUAACAGAGCCUUGAAAAGUUGGCUCAUCCAACCAUAAGCUCAAGCAGAGUACAUUUUCCCUUCGUUGGAAUGAGCAAAAUGAACAUUUCUGGAUGAAAUGGAGCAGAACGUUGCAUUCUAACCCAAACUCGUUUCGCCCGUUUAUUUCUUCCCUUCAUGUCCUCAGAGCUGUUUCCUUAAAGGGGAAAUGGAAUCAAAUCUCAGACCAUAGCGGGUCUUUAGUGACCUGUGUUAUUUCACAGGAGUGCUUAUAGAGAGAUUUUUUUUAAUGCUGAGAGCAUCAGUGCCAAUCUGACAUCAGGGUCUGCCUUUAAACUUGUUUAUUGCACAUCACGUUGCCUACAUCACUCUGAGACGCCGACAUGCUCUGGUGUUGAAAUAUUCGAGUCAUCAGUUGGAUGCGGCUGUCUCGCAGCCGUAUUUUUUUCCCCCUUUCCGUGACAUAUCAGAGGUCAUCAAACUGACAAAAGGUUUUCUCCUCCAUUUGUCAGUCUGGAGAUCUAUUUUUUUCCUUCUAUUAGGUGAGCCUGUUUGAUUUGGAGAGCUGUCUGAAUCCCAGGGGACGAGCUGCUGAUGAAACACUCACACAUUACCGACCGAUGUGAAUGCAGUGACCCACAAACAUGACCUGCUAACUAAUGCUAGCCCUGGGAGGACAGCUCCAUUUAUUCCCUUUCCUUUGUUGCCCUCAUCAUAGCUUUAUCCAUAUCAGACAUUUUGCACCUUAAAUUACUUUGUUUGUAUCAGUGUGAUCUAUGGAAGCCUAUUCAUGCCAGUGCAGAGGAAAAAAUAAAUAAAUAUAAACCUGAGCACUGAUUGUGAAAAACAAAAACACUUUAGUCAAAAUCAUUCUGAAAAAAGAAAAAUUAUGAGGAAAAAGAAAAAUAUUAAAAUCAUGGGAUUGUAGGAAAAUUGUAGGAAAUGUCAAAAUUCUGAGCUAUGUCAUAAAUUUAAGUUCAAAAAGUUGAAAUUAAGAGAUUAAAUUAAUGUGAAAGAAAAUUAAAACAAAAACAUUUUGAGAGUUCUUAUAAAAUAAAAAAAGCAAAUUUUUAUCUUAAGCUAUGUUGUAUCUAAGUCUGUCAUAAUUUUAACUGUUACACACAAUACAUUUUUUAUCUAAUAAUAAUUUACUAUCAUUAUUUCUUCAUUUUGAAAUUUUAAUCAACAAUUUUAAUCAACUAAAUAUGUCUCAUUACUAAUAAUUGACCAUCUAUAUCAGAAUUUUGACUUAGUCAUAUUUUUGACUUUUCUAAGUCCUGAUCCUGAAUUUUGCCUCUUAUCUAUGCCUAUCUGUAAUGAAAACGGUCCAAAUGUCUUUUUUCCAACUAUACUGCAUUAUAGCGUUAUUUAAUAAUCUCAUAAAAUUGAUCUUCCACCUCCUAAAUUUGCCUUAUUCUUUAACACUUUUGACUUUUUUCUCAUAAUUAAGGCUGCCCAAUGUGGCAAAAAAAAUCUGAUUUUUUUUCACACAACCCAUUUUUUGAUAAUGUUUUCUUUCCAGCUUAAGAAGAAAGAAUCC